AUCGAUAGGUUUUUUCUACAGCUGUUUACUGCGUGCACAAUUUGACAAUAACAAAAUUUGUUGAUAAAUUAGAAUGUCCACUUGGCAAACGGGCAUAAAACGAUACGCAGCAUAAAAAAAUGACGCCACCGCCACAACAACAGCUUCCGUUGCCACCACCGCCAACAGGACUUACCAAAGCACCAGAUGGCAAAUUUCCAGGUUCGCUGACUCCCGGCUGGAAUGAUCCGCCACCAGUGGCUACAGGCGCAAGCAGCAGCGUCCAGCGGCCACGUUUGGAUCUGCGCAAGCGCGUCGCAUAUCCCAUGGAUGGCAACAACUUCAAUGCGACGGCGUCUAUGCCACAGCAGCCAUUUCCACAAGCUCCUCCUUCUCAACAAUGAAGCUUAAACUUUACAUUGGUUUAUUUAAGCACCAGCAACAAUAAUAAAAUUUAUAUUAUACAAAGAAAUACAUUU